CGGCAGGAAUCGAAAUCGAAAGUGGCUGGCUGGCGAAGUUUAAAAGCGCCGUGCGGGUCCCCUGCUCAGCAGAACUUCGGAGGCACGGGGCGGGGCACCCCGGAGAGGCGUGUCCAGGCCACCACCGUGUCCCCAGCCGGCCCGCACCGACCCCGAGAGAAGCCCAAAGGCUGAGGGUUAGCAAGGGCCGAGCGCAAGGGGAGAACCGCAGCCACCCGCCCCCGUCCAAGCGGCUAGGACCUGAGCGCCGGAGAAGCGCAGGGAACCUCCCCCUUCCCUGGGACGAGGGACUCCCUGAGCAAGGGGGAGCUCCGUGGCUUUAGCCCUGUCAUGGUGACUCCGGGCGCAGAAGAGAUGUCGGCCCUAUCGCCUGCGGAGCAGUUCCUCUAUCUGAUCUCCUGCUUCAGGGACCGGCUCACGCAGAUCAUACGGGUGGCACCGGUGCUGGACCGCCUGGCCACGCUGAGCCUGCAGGAGAAGGAGCGGAUCCGGGCGGUCGCUGCGCAGCAGGGCGACCCGCAGGCGGCUGGGGAGCUGCUGGACGCGAUGGCGCGGGGCUGCCAGCAGCAGGGCUGGAUCCAGGAGUUUGUCACUGCGCUGCAGCAGGGGGGCAGCGACCUGGCCGCCUGCUACGUGAACCCCAGCCUGAGCGAGCUGCCCUCCCCGGCAGAGGAGGCCGAGCACGAUGUGUGCGUGCACCUGGUGCAGCUGCUCUGUGGCACCCUGGUGGACAAGCUGAAGAGCGUGCAGGUCGCCAACAAGUGUGUGGAGAAGAGACUCUUCCAGGGCGAUGACCUGGAGCGGAUCUUAGCUGCAACUGAAAAUCGUGGGGAUAGGGAAGGUGCACGGGAGUUGUUAAGUAGAAUAAUAAAGAAGAAAGAUUGGUUCUCUCCAUUUUUGGCUGUCCUGCGUGAAACUAAGCAUGGAAACCUUGCAGAUGAACUAAGUGGAAAUGUACCAGAAACAGAAAACAAAGAAAAUGGGAUCAAGCAGCGAGCUACUACAGAUGAGGACGUGGAAGCUGAAGAGCUGUUGGCCUCUGAAGUAGGGGAGGAGCUGAAGCAGAGUGAUGAAAUGAAUGAUAGUCUGGCCAGUCAGAGCAUUAUAUUAGGAACAUCUUUUGAAGACACUUCUCUAGUUUCAGAGUCUGAUGUCAGUUUGCCAGAUGCAAGUGUCAGUUGCUUAAAUGAAAGCUUGGGACACAGUAGCGCCACAAGUGGCGAUUCAGAUGAGGACAAUAUGGACAAAAGAGCUUCCCCUGAACCAGAGCUGAUUCUCAGAGAUUACCAGAUGGAGGUUGCGAAACCAGCACUGAAUGGGGAGAACGUUAUAAUAUGUCUCCCUACAGGCAGUGGUAAAACCAGAGUGGCUGUUUACAUUACCAAAGAGCAUUUGGAUAAGAAGAAAAGAGCAUCAGAGCCUGGAAAAGUUAUAGUACUUGUGAAUAAGGUACCAUUAGUGGAGCAGCAUUUCAGAAAAGAGUUCAAUCCAUUCCUAAAGCAUUGGUAUCGGGUUACUGGAUUAAGCGGUGAUUCUCAGCUGAAAAUCUCCUUUCCUGAAGUUGUAAGAAAGAAUGAUGUCAUUAUCAGUACUGCCCAGAUCCUUGAGAAUUCACUGCUGAAUGCAACCACAGAAGAUGAUGAAGAAGGUGUCCAGUUAUCAGACUUUUCUCUCAUUGUUAUUGAUGAAUGCCAUCACACCCAGAAGGAGGCCGUCUAUAACAAUAUAAUGCGACGUUAUUUAAAAGAAAAGAUGAAAAACAAUAGAUUCAGAAAAGAAAACAAACCCCUGAUUCCACAGCCUCAGAUCCUGGGACUAACUGCUUCACCUGGUGUAGGAGGGGCAAGAACUCCUCAGAAAGCUGAAGAACAUAUUCUGAAAAUUUGUGCUAAUCUUGAUGCAUCUAGACUCAUGACUGUUGAAGAACAUGCCUCCCAGCUGAAAGAUCAGGUGAAGGAACCAUAUAAGAAGUUCGUGAUUGCAGAUGACAAAAGAAGGGAUCCCUUCAGAGAGAAAAUUACAGAAAUCAUGACAGAAAUUCAAAAUUAUUGUCACCUUAACCCAACAUUUGAAUUUGGAACUCAGCCCUAUGAACAGUGGGCGGUUAAAGAGGAGAAAAAAGCUGCAAAAGAAGAAAACCGUAAAGAACGUGUUUGUGCGGAGCAUUUAAAGAAAUAUAAUGAUGCCCUGCAAAUUAAUGACACUAUCCGAAUGAUUGAUGCAUACAACCACCUCAAUAACUUCUAUAAGGAGGAGAAAAGCAAGAAAACAACAGUAAAUGAAGAUGAUGAUGAACCAAUAGCAUCAAAACUAGAUGAAACAGAUACGUUUCUGAUAAAGUUAUUUUACGCAAAAAAGAAACAGCUGAAAGAGUUGGCUAGAAAGCCGGAAUAUGAAAAUGAGAAGCUGACACAAUUGCGAAACACCUUAAUGGAGGAGUUUACAAAGACUGAUGAAGCUAGAGGAAUUAUCUUCACAAAGACUCGGCAAAGUGCAUUUGCCCUUUUUCAGUGGAUUAAGGACAACACAAAAUUUGAAGAAGUGGGAAUUAAAGCUCACUACCUUAUUGGAGCUGGGCAUAACAGUGAAUUUAAACCCAUGACUCAGAAUGAACAAAGGGAAAUAAUCAGUAAAUUUCGUGCUGGAAACGUCAACCUACUUAUUGCUACUACUGUGGCUGAAGAAGGCCUGGAUAUCAAAGAGUGUAACAUAGUUAUCCGCUAUGGUCUUGUCACCAAUGAAAUAGCUAUGGUGCAGGCCCGGGGUCGAGCUCGAGCUGAUGAGAGCACCUAUGUACUGGUGGCAUCAGGUGGAUCGGGAGCUGUUGAACGUGAAAAUGUUAAUAUAUUUCGUGAGCAAAUGAUGUAUAAAGCUAUUCGACGUGUCCAAAGGAUGCGACAGGAGGAAUAUUUAAAUAAGAUUCAGGGCUUUCAGAUGCAAAGUAUAAUGGAAAAAAAAAUGAAGGCGAAGAGAGAUCAGCUUAAGACUUACAAGGAAAAUCCAUCACUAAUAACUUUCCUUUGCAAAAAUUGCCACAAACUGAAAUGUUCUGGGGAAGACAUACAAGUUAUAGAAAACAUGCAUCAUGUCAAUGUGAAAAAGGACUUCCAGGACCUUUACAGCAUAAGAGAAAAUAAAACACUGCAAGAAAAACAUGCCGAUUACCAAACAAAUGGUGAAAUUAUCUGCAAAGACUGUGGGCAAGCUUGGGGAAAUAUGAUGGUGCACAAAGGUGUAGACCUGCCUUGCUUAAAGAUCAGAAAUUUUGUAGUUGUGUUCAAGGAUAAGAAAACCUCAAACAAAAUUUUCAAAAAAUGGGGAGAGCUACCAAUCAAGUUCCCUGUCUUUGAUUAUUCAGAGCAUUAUGUUUCCAGUGAUGAAGAUUAAGAAUUCAUUCAAGGAUGUAAAGAAAUG